UUUUGGUGUUGUUCUCAGAGUAGGAGAUGAGAGGAGUAGUGAGAAACAGAGGCUAAAAGAGACGAGUACAAAGACUUUUGGACUGUGGGAACGGACUGACGCAGUGAAAUCUGCCUUCAAACCACCUGACAUGAUGUUGAUUUUCCUGCUUUUUUGGCUAAGCUUGUCAACAACAAGCGCAGCUCCCAAUCUAAAGAUAGCACCCACAGAGGCACCUCUUCUUGUCACCGCACCGCCAGCUGAGACUAGAUCCCGCUUUGCCAUGUUAGAUGACGUACGACUCCUUGCUAACGGUCUUCUCCAGCUCGGCCAGAGCCUCCGAGAGUUUGUGCACAAGACCAAGUCUCAGAUCAACGACAUCUUUCAAAAGCUAAACAUCUUUGAUCGCUCCUUCUACCAGCUCUCGGUGGUCACCAGUGAAAUCAAAGAGGAAGAGGAGAAGUUGAAGGAGACGACCGUAUUUUUGAAGGCCAAUAAUGAGGAGAUCAGAAACUUGUCACUGGAGAUCAACUCCAAAAUCAACAACAUCCUCCAAGAGCGAAGCCAGUUGCAGAGCAAGGUUGGUGGGCUGGAGGAGAAGCUGAAGGGCUUGUCUCAGAGCAUGAUGCCUCUGGAGCAACUUCAAGAGAUUGCUGCUUUGAAGGAUGUGAUUGAAACACAAGAAAGGACCAUUACAGAUCUGCUUAAAUCUGUUAAAGAGCAACACGAACAGCUCAGUUAUCAAAAGACCAAAAUUAAGAGUCUUGAGGAUAAGAUGAACUAUGACUCUUUUCAAGACACAGUGGAAAAACCUUUGGAUUUAAAUCCAGAAACACUUGAUCCUUUACGUUACUUAACAAUGAACUCCACCAAUAGAACUGCAGAAAUAAAUGACUUUCCAGUGGACUGCAGUGAUGUGUUCAAAAGAGGGCAAAGGACCAGUGGAAUUUACCCAAUCAAACCUAAUCAAUCUGAGCCAUUCUAUGUUUACUGUGAGAUAAGUACUGAUGAUGCAGCCACAGUCAUUCAGAGGAGGGAGGAUGGUUCUGUUGAUUUUGACCAGUCAUGGGAAAAAUACGAAUAUGGAUUUGGCAAACUGGAAAAAGAGUUCUGGCUUGGCUUGGCGAAGAUUUAUUCUAUUGCUCAACAAGGACAAUACAUUUUACACAUUGAACUGGAAGACUGGAAGAAGGAAAAGAGAUUCAUAGAGUACACAUUCACCCUGGAAGGUCCUGCAUCUGAUUACGUUCUUCACGUGGCACCUCUGUCUGGAGAUCUGCCUGAUGCCUUGAGCAACCACACAGGCAUGAAGUUCUCAACCAAGGAAAGAGACAACGAUAAUCAUGAUGACUCAAACUGCGCACGCAACUACACAGGAGGUUGGUGGUUUGAUGCAUGUGGGGACACCAACUUAAACGGGAGAUAUGCCUGGAUGAGGUCAAGGACUCGGCACCAGCGCAAGAAAGGAAUCUACUGGAACCCAGCCAAAGGAAGCUCCUAUACCCUCAAAUCCACAAAGAUCACCAUCAGACCAUCAACCCAGUUUCAAUAAUCCCUGACCCUAUACUCUCCAUUGAGUAAUUCAGAAUCAAUCAGAGGGGUCACACUGGCAGCAGACACUGGCCAACAAAGCUUUUCCAUUUCUCUAAAGACAGCAGAAACUGAAUGAUGCAACUGCAGCAGGUCAUUGACUCUGGUAGAGGGUAAAAACCAAGUCAAAGGGGUAUUGCAACAUACAUGUGUUAGUUCAAAAUGUUCAUUUGUCAUCAACUUGCAGCGUGCUGAUCAAGAAAAGUUAAUAUUGAAUUGGUUAAAAUGGCAUAAAUAACUCGGCAGAUCACACCUCUGGAACAGGAUUUGAUACAUGUUAUUAUCAAGAGUCAGCAAUACGUUUGUAGACAAUAUGGAUAAUAUUAUAGAACUACACUGCUCUCAACUAUUGAGCUUCUCAAUGUCAUUUCACAUACAGUAUGUUAACUUGAAGUUUUUAAGUAUUUAAGCAAUUUACACAAAUGUGAAACAGUAAAAAAGCAUUUGGGUAACACUUUGUAAUAUUCAUUAAAUCAUGACUACAAUGCUCAUGAACACUACUAUAAUAUAAUAUUAAAUUAUAUAUAAUAUAUUAUAUAUUCAUACUUUGAUAUUGAAAAUUAUAACAAAGUGUUACCGAGAAAUGUGCUGUUAUGGUUGAAGUUGGAUCUUUUGCUUGUCUCUUUCUGUGCAGAGUCAUACUGACUCCUGGUUAUGCUUUGUACAUACUCAGCUGUACUGUAUAUAUUUUGUUUACACAAUGUUUCUCAUUGUUAGUCAGGUGCAUUAUAUUUAUAGCAACACAUUUAGACAAUAAGGCAA